GGGCGCGGUGGGAGAGCCGCCCCCCCCCGGGAUCUGGAUGAGGCCUGGGAAGGGCAGGCCACAGGAGGCGGAGGACGUGCAGCUCCCACCCCCCGACCACAGCACAGAGCCUGAGCUUGCCCCAACGCCCCCCCCGGAUGCGGAGCAGCCCCCAGCACAGGGCGCCGAGGACGAGGCGGUGGCGCGGGAGCUGGAGCAGCUCUACCUGUCCCACCUGCGCCGGCUGCGGGGUGACCCCGGCGACAACGACCCCCCCCCGAGAAACGGGGACCCCCCUUUCCCCGAGCGAGCCCCCAACACCUCGCUGGCCAACGAGAUGGCCCUGCGCUACGAGGGGGGGGGGACGGUGCAGCCCCCCGGUGCUGCUGGGGAGGGGGGGGCCGGUGGAAGGGGCGCUGGGGUCCCGCUGCCUCAGCGCUGCCCGGUCCCCUCAUGGCGGGAGCGGGGCGUGGCCUCUCCCCUCACGACGGGGCUCUCGCGCCGCCCGCACGUGCGCUCCUCGCGCUGCGCCUGCGCGCGGUCCCCCCUCGCCCCGCCCACCCGGCUCCCCGAGCCCGCCAAAGCAGCGCCCUCCCAUUGGCUGCCCCCUUUUCCCGCCCGCCCCGCGUGA